GGCCCGGAUGCCUUCUCCGUGGAGCCGCCCAGGCGGCGCAGGCUGUGUGAGGAGCUGUGGCCGGAGCUGCCGGAGCUGGACAGCAGCUCUGAGAGUGACCGAGGCAGUGGCACGGAGGAAGAGGAGGAGGCUGGCCCUGACAGCGGGUUUCUGGAGGAUGCCACCACCCCGCUCACCGAAUUCCUGUCCCUCAAGCGGGAAGCUGCUGAGGGGAAGCUCUGCCUAGCGGACACAGAGGCCUCUGGCGGGAAGCUCCCCGACUCCCCUCUCAUCUCGGUGAUGUCCCACCUCCUCUCCUUCCUGGAGCACUACGGGCAGAUGCAGCGGCUGCAGGAGCAAGCCGGGGAGUACCGCUCCCGCCUGCGCCGGGAGGAGAGCCGGCGCCGGAAGCAGCUGCGGACACUGAGGAGGGCCUACAGGCAGCAGGUGCAGGACAAGCUGAGCGUCAUCGAGAGCCUGGAGGGCGUCAUCUGCGAGCAGCAGAACGUCAUGGAGACGCUGCACGGUAUGAAGCUGCCCUCCACUUGCCCCCUGUACCCGUGUCCGCCUGUGUCCCCCGUGGGCGUGCACCAGCUGGUGGAGUCCAUCAGUGCCCUGCAGGGGGAGAGGAACAAGCUGGUGGAGGAGAUCACAGGCCUGAGGCAGCAGCUGGAAGAGGGGGAGAAGGAGAAGCAGCAGCUGGCAGGGAGCUUCGACGUGCAG